UUGAUUAUAUUUUAUUCUUUUUCUUAAUAAAUAACUAAUUUUCUAUCAAUGUAAAUUGAUGUGAUACGCACAUAAAAAUAAAACAAUCAACUUUUACACAACUUAUACACUUCUAUAUAGUACCGUUAGAAGGAUCAAAAAUGGUCGUUCUAUCGUGGAACAACACGUCACCACUAGGUGAUACAUCUAAUACGAUAAGAUUGAUAUAAGAGGUCGAUAAACUACGAGAAAAAUUAAUUUACUAAAUUUCAGUUAACACUGUGGAGACUUACUAUAGUUACUUUUGCAUCUAAAUGCAGAGAUUGUAUUCUAACCUACCUUAAUUAAGAUUAACAAUAAACAUUAAGUAUGUUUAACGCUUAUUAAGACAGUGAAACAACUUAACACUUAUUUUUAUUAAAGUCAUAACAGUAACCGCGAGAUUUGUUUUAAAAGUAUCAUCCAAUACUUUAUGUAUCAUAAUAGCUGAUGUAGAUAUGAAGAAUUUUAAACAGGGUUUUUAUAUUUGCCUACCAACAUAUUCCAUGCUUUUUUUACAAAGUCAGAAUUGAAGAAAGAAGACUGAUAUUGUUACUAUAGAAUAAUUAAUUGUAGUACACAAUAUUAUAUUUGUAUGAAUAAAAACAUGGAACCUAACGAAAGGAAUCAAAUGUCGAAUGGAGAUGCUACUAGCAAUAGAGAUGUUGAUUGGUCUAGAUAUGGUUUGCAUAAUACAGAAACUCAAAGAAAUAAUGAAACUAGAAGAUCUAAUGGAGAAUAUGAAGGUCUUGGCCCAGAAAUGUAUCAAACAGGAGCAAAUGAGUUAUUUGCCCAAGAAUAUAGCUCUGAUCCUUGGUGGAAAUCAAAUUUCUUCAUUUCUCAACCUGUAUUAUUUGGAACCUGGGACGGUGUAUUUACGUCUUGCCUUAUAAAUAUUUUUGGAGUUAUUGUGUUUUUAAGAUCUGGUUGGAUAGUAGGACAAGCUGGCGUUCUUAAUGCGAUUCUAAUUAUAGUGUGUACAGUAUGCAUUGUAUUAGUAACAGUACUGUCAGCAGUGGGAAUAUGUGAACGGUGUAGAGUAGAAAGUGGAGGAGUUUAUUUUUUGUUAUCACACGUGUUAGGAUCAAGAUUUGGCGGAUCAAUUGGAUUAUUAUAUUGUUUCGGGCAGGCAGUAGGUUGCGCACUGAAUGUAUUAGGUUUUGGAGAAUCUAUGGCUGGUUUAGUAGGCUUAGAAUCUGCUUGGGCAGAACGUGGUUUUGCUUGUGCAGCUGUUAUCUUGUUAUCUGUUAUCAAUGUUGCCGGUGUCAAAUGGGUUAUAAAGCUCCAAUUCAUUCUCUUGUUAAUUUUACUUCUUGCUGGAGUAGACUUUGUAGUAGGAAGUUUUACUCAUGUGGAUGUUGAGGCCGGCUUUGAGGGUUGGUUAUCUGGAAAUCUAAGAAACAAUACCUUUCCCAAUUAUCAAAAUGGAUAUAGUUGGUUUACAGUAUUUGGUGUAUUCUUUCCUACAGUAACUGGCGUUUUAGCUGGUAUUAAUAUGAGUGGAGAUUUAAGACAUCCAUCCACUGAUAUUCCUAAUGGUACCUUAGCAGCAGUUGGAACUGGAACCUUCCUGUAUCUAUGUUUUACAAUGUUUCUUGCGGCAACAUGUACUCGCAACGCGCUUUUGACAAACUUUAUGAUUGCAUCAACGGUCUCAGCGAUUUCAGUAUUGUUGUUAGCGGGACUUUACGUAUCAUCAUUUAGUAGUUGCUUGGGUGCUAUGUACGGUACACCUCGUGUACUUCAAUCCAUUGCUAGUCAAAAUGUUAUACCAGGAAUGAGUUGUUUGCAAAGAGGGAGAGGACCGAAUAAAGUACCCGUGUAUGCGAUGUUAGUGGUUGCCAUUGUUACAUUGACAUUCAUUAUUACUGGGCAGAUUAACACGCUUGCUCCAAUUGUUACAAUGCCUUUUCUUUUGACUUAUGCAUGCUUGGAUUACGCGUAUUUCGCACUCGCCCAGACAUUCGAUAUACAAUUGACUCGAGAACAGAGAUUUCGAACGCAAUCCCCAACAUUUGAUCGCAACUACGGCCUGACAAAUAGGAAUAAUUCAUUACCUGAAACGGACAAUGAUUUGGACAAUUUAUUCCCUGAAAGAAUAAGGCAUAAAAACCUUGCUAGAAAUCCUAGCCUUUCAGAGAAUAACAUUUAUAUAGACUCUUCGCCAAGUAUUGAUGAAAAUGCCAGCCCUACGGAUAAUACUGAACGAAAAAUUCAUAUCCAUAAUAAAUUGGGGAAUUGGUACAGUCCUCUAUGUAACAGAUGGCUUUCACUACUAGGUUGCCUUAUAAAGCUACUUAUAAUGUUUCUCGUUCAUUGGGGCUAUGCCAUUGCGAAUAUAGUCGUGGUUUUCCUAGUAUGGAGUUACGUUGGCCAUGCUAACCCUGCUGUUAAACCAGGAGUGUCAUCAGAAUUUAAGUUUUUUAAUUGGUUGAAGAUGUCAUUAUUGAGACUUAUGGGGAGGAAAGUUUAUGACUAUGAACAAAUCGUUGUUACACCAGUCCAUCCAGGAGUCGAAACCUGUUCAGCUCAACUGAAUGAGGAAAACGAAGAUUUCGCUGGUAGACGAAGAUAUCAUCAGACAGCUACAGUUACAGGGCAAUACGUGAAUAUUGACUAAAAAUGGAAGACUUAUAGGGGACAAAGAGUGUUGAGAAUUUUCAACGCUAUCAUCCGCACAAAACUAGUCUUAACUGAAAUCAUUUUAUAUCUUAGGCACAAGGAACUUUUUAUACAGUGCAAUUUGAUAGCCUUAACGAUACUAACAAUCCGUGUCGAAGAUCAAGCCCUAUAUAACUUUCUAACAAUUUAUUCUACGUGGAUUAGACGAAGUCGAAGCAAUAUGCUGCCAAAAGCAUUUCUAAAAUGAAGGGUCCAUUCAUUCUCAAUUGAAAUUAUUUUACUAAUUCUAUCAUAUAAUGUGAGAUUAUGUAUUCUUUUAUAGCCUUAAUUAUUUGUAGUUAGGAUUCGUAAUACCGUGAUUAACAAGUAAAUCUUUUGGAAAAGAAAUUUUGAAUACGAUUAUAUUGCGAUAUCAUAAUAUUUAUAAUAAAUACUCUGUACAUAUGUAGUGAUAAUAUA